CUUGACAGAGUUUACACAGCCAGCCGGUGAUAGCUGAAGGAAUCUCUCUUACACACCAGACUGACCAACGACGCACUCAGUGAGGACACAUACUCGUGGAUACGGCCGCUGAGAGUGCACCAGCUUCGUCUGAGCGGGAACACAGACUUUUAUUCGCAGUAAAAACAGAAAAACGAUGAUGGCAGUCCUAGGAAGCGCCGGUCGCUUGGUCCAAUUUGCCAGAAGCUCUGUUAGUCUGAAUGUGAGGAGACACUCUGCGGCUUCUUUAGCCCAGGCUGCUGCUGCUGCUGCAGAAACACAGGAGAACAGGAAACCGAAGACAGGCAUCCUGAUGCUGAACAUGGGAGGACCAGAGAAACUAGAAGACGUCCACGACUUCCUGCUGCGGCUCUUCAUGGACACAGACCUGAUGAAACUCCCCGUGCAGAACAAGCUCGGCCCAUUCAUCGCCAAGCGUCGCACGCCAAAGAUCCAGGAGCAGUACAGUAAGAUCGGAGGGGGCUCGCCAAUCAAACACUGGACCUCCAUGCAGGGAGAAGGCAUGGUGAAGCUGCUGGAUGAGAUGAGUCCAGAGACAGCUCCUCACAAGUUCUACAUCGGUUUCCGGUACGUUCACCCGCUGACGGAGGACGCCAUCGAGGAGAUGGAGAAAGAUGGGGUGGAGAGAGCUGUGGCCUUCACACAAUAUCCUCAGUACAGCUGCUCCACCACAGGAAGCAGUCUGAACGCAAUCUACCGUUACUACAGCAACAGUGGCAGCAGACCAAAAAUGAGCUGGAGUGUUAUUGACCGCUGGCCCACACACCCUCUACUGGUGGAGUGUUUCGCAGAACACGUCAAAAACGAGCUGCUGAAGUUUCCAGAAGAGAAGAGAGACGACGUCGUCAUUCUGUUCUCAGCACACUCGCUCCCCAUGGCUGUUGUAAACAGAGGCGAUCCGUAUCCUCAAGAGGUUGGAGCCACAGUUCAGAGAGUCAUGGAGAGGGUGGGACACUGCAACCCUUACAGACUGGUGUGGCAGUCCAGAGUGGGGCCCAUGCCAUGGCUCGGCCCGCAGACGGACGAGGUGAUCAAAGGUCUGUGUGAACGAGGGAAGAAGAACAUCCUGAUGGUGCCCAUCGCCUUCACCUCCGACCACAUAGAGACUUUACACGAGCUUGACAUCGAGUACGGACAGGUGCUCGGGGAGGAGUGUGGAGUGGAGAACAUCAGGAGAACAGAGUCACUGAAUGGGAACCCUCUCUUUAUGAAGGCUCUGGCAGACCUCGUCCAGUCCCACUUGAAGUCCAACCAGCCUUGUUCCCGCCAGCUGAUGCUCUGUUGCCCGCUGUGCACCAACCCCACCUGUGGACAGACCAAGGCCUUCUUCGCCAGCCAGACACUCUAGUAGAAACAUGUGUGCACACACAGCGCAGUGCUACCCAUGAAGAAACAUAAGGCCUUCUUUGACAAGCAGAAGACACACACACACACACACACACACACACACACACACACAAAUUAAUAAGCGCACACCGCACAGGAAACGUCACGAGCCUUGCACUUUUUAUUACAGCUCCCUUGCUUCCAUUCCAUUCCAUUCACUUAGCCCCUGCAAACCCCCAUCAGAGACCCUGUUUCUCCCCUUGCUGGUGCUAAAUGAAGAACAGUCGGCUGAGACGAUGACACCGCACACACACACACACACACACACACACACACACACACAUACAUACGGGAUCUGACUGGUUGGCUGUUUAUUUCCCCCUCCCUCGUCACUCACCUGUCACUUCACACCAUUGGCCCAAGAGCUAGUAACUCCGCCCGUCCUGCUGCAGUCUUUGCAAUACGAUUGGAGGAGGUUAGUGCUCCUCAAAACGCUGCUUGCCUCAUAGGUGAAUAAGAAGAUCUUUCGAUUAAUUGCGUGGCCGCUUAAGGGAUUCCGUGACAGUUAUACAGUUAUUGUAUUAAUCCAGUUGGUGCUGUACAGAGGUAACAAAGAGCAGCUGUGGUCCAGCUCAGGGUGUCAUUAAAUCAUUUUCAGGGUAUUCUGAGAUGGUUUACAAGCUGGCCGAAAUAUGUCGUUACCAUACAAAUUCAUGAACAUGUUUUUAUUUUUCUACUUUUUUUUGCCGCAUUAACCAUUUUGAACCUCUCGCCCUCUGCUGAUAACAAAACAAAAACUGAAAAGGGAAGAAUUUAGCUGCGUUCACCUCUUUACAUGUACGGCCCGUGAGCUAGUUGUUGCAAAUAGUUCUAAACAAGGCCAUUGAAAGAUGAGAAGGUAGAUUAGUAGUUGUGUUUUUGCCAGUAAAAUAAGAUAAAGAGUGCAUCUUCCUGUUUAGAUUCCUACACUUCAGAAAUGUCUCAUUGUGUUGCAGCUACAUGUUAGUAAAUCUUACAGAAAUAUGUAUGCCAGGUCAUUAGUGUAGCCUUAAUGGAGAUGAACAAAUGCUACUGGUUUUGAAAUCCAAAAGAAAAAAACACGGCUAAUGCUGUGUGGAAAGCAAACGAAACAAUAUGAUGGAUCCUCACGUAUGUUGACUGCUGUAAAAGGACUAAUUGUUAGUAGUGACGUUGACAGGGUGUCUCCUAUGUCAGCCAAUAAGGGAAGAAAGAAAAUCUUCAAAAUUAAAUUUGGUGCAAGUGGAGCAUCCUUACAUUUCCCAUCAAUCCUUGCUGUUGUAUGGAUUUUGAAACCCAACAGCACGAGUUUCCUCAAAUGUUCUGCAGACUGCUCUGCAGUGACGUCUGUAGUUUCCUCUUCAGAUUAUUUCAGGAGUCACUGAAAGUAAGCGAAUUAUGUGCAGAUGCUACGUUGACUCACCAAUACUGAUCUGAUACUUUUUAACAUAUGUAGCACUUAGCGGAGGCCUUCUGAUCCAUUACUGUGACACUAUAGGCCGUAAAGCUUCAGUCUGAGGCGAUAUAAUUUGUUUUUACAUGAAAUAAUAUGAAAUCGUUGUAGGUGUGAUGAGAGAAGAGAAUAAAGUCACUUUAGAGGGACGGCGCAUGAAGCAUAAAAUGACACUGGAAAUCUUCAAUGGCAACAUGCAGGGUGGGCUUGUUAAGAAAUAUAUUAGAGUAGCACAGAUGUGUCAAAAAUGACACUGUUGAAUGUCGGUUGACUUUGUCGUCUGUCUGCCUAAAUACAGUUUGAUUUUUUUCAUCCACUCACCUCCCCAAUCACAGUGUAGUAACUAAAUGUGAAGAAGCUCAUGUGAUGUUUCUUUGGUUUCACCGUCAGGUGGUCCAGAAAAAGUCUCGAAGGUUACAGGUCUGAUCCCAUCUGCUUGUCCCGUUCAUCUGCUUGUCCUAACAAUGCUUAAAUGUAAACAUGAAUCCACUUUUUAUGUGCAUUAACUUGACCUUUGAACUCUGACCCUGUCUCCGUCCUGUUAUGCCAGGAUAAUGUGCCUUUUCCACUGGCCAUCUAGAAAUACUGGACUUGUGCUUUAUGUCAGUUUUACAUGUGCUUCACAAAAAUCCUCCCUGAACUCUGAAUGGACAUGUGCCUGCUGUGAUCUGAGCUAACCACAGCUCUCUCCACAUGUUGAAAUCCAGAAGAAAGACUCCUUGAGGCGUUUGUUUGUUCCAUAAAUGAACUCCAAAGUUUAGUGAGUGAUCUGAUUCACCAUCAGUUAGCUAAGCACAUAGCAGGCAAUGCAGCAUUACACUCGCCUGCUAGCUUAUUAGCUCUCUUGCCAGUUAGCCAAGUAUUUGUUCACUCACUAGCUAGUUAGUUCACUAGGUCACUAACUUGUGUAAGUGCAGUUAUUCUGAGGAUGCUGUUCUACAAGAUGGUGCUGACUUUUUAUACGGAACCCUGGAACAGCCAUAGAGGAAACAUAUAGAUAAACUGAGGCCAUGAUUUACUUUAUCGAGUGCUCGAAACCUGUGGCCACGUGAUACUUAGUUCUUACAUUUUUGUUAAUUCAUGGGUACGGGAAAAAACUAAACUAAAUCAACCUGAAAUUGGCACCAUUUUCUUCACCGCAAUAAAGCAGACAUUGAGGACAUACAUAGGCUGCCAACAUGCAACUACUGCACGGCACAUCUUAAUCCGUAUACCAACCAUACGUGCGCACGACCUGCUGUUUGUAUGUCUUAUCAAAAGUGAACGAUGUUCAUGUAUUUAACUCUGACCUUUACUCUGAUAAUUGCAUUGCUUUUAGACUAGACCUAAUUUCUGUCAGGUUGAUCUUCUAGGUUAGUCCUACAGUGGGUGCAUGUGGCAGCUUAUUGCCAUCAAAGCGUAAAAUGAUGUGGAUGUAUGUAUACAGUACAAUAUGACUGACUCAAAGCUAGUCUGUGACUUUAAAGUGUAUACGUUCACCAUAGCCUGGUAACUGUAUUAUUUACAUCGCAAUGCCACAUCAACCCACAGCUAAACUCUUCAUUAAAAGGUGGGGUAGGUCUGUGUUUAACUGUAUCAAACAUUUGUCAGAUCACUGCUGUUCUGACCUGAAUGAUUGCCAUGAAGCACAGCUUUACUUCAAAAUGUGGGAAUGAAUUGUGUCUUGUACACAUGUAAUAGCAUUUCGAGCACUCGAUGUAGUAAAACGUGACCUCGAUGUGUACACCUGUUCUCUCUGUGGCUCACUUCAUAUUUUUGAUAGUCUGAGCUUGAAGUUAUUGUUCAAAAACCAGAAUGCCUUGAAGGCAUUCAAGGCUUUUAGUGUUUCACUUUGCUGGAGGAGCUUGCCACUAACUCAGAUCAGCCUUUUUCCAGUCAGUACACACAGUAUUCACAACACACAGAGCUAGAAAGUGGUGCUUUUGGACAUGGUUGCCAUUGAUUACCAAUGACAAGUCACCAUGUUGGAAGAAGGAUGUUCCAUUGGACAUUCCUACCAACACUUAAGUAUUAUAAGUUAGUGUUUUUUUGAACACGGCAGUAUGUUGUAAUCAAUGGCAACCACUAACAAUCCUUAGUUUUAGAUGGUGAACUUUGCUUCCACUAAUGCAUACAGCAAUGCACUUUUUAAAACUUUAAUCAGGCGGCCUCAUUGAGAUUCUUCUAAGACAGACCUGAGAACAAGAAAACAUUCAUAAGACUCUCUGCAGCGCACAUUCUCAUUCAGUACAAACAGCAUUACUCUGUGCUUUCAGUGCUCUUCCACACUUUUCAAAGCGAUGGUUUUGUUUUUGAGGAAUACACCAGCUGCAGUUCGACAAACUCAAGGGCUCUUUUGUUCUGUGUCUCUGCAUCCAUAACCGAAGGGAUGUUGAAUGGUGACAUUAGCAUAGCUUAGCUCGAUUGCUGGAUGUCAGCAGGUUCAUCUUUUUAAGGAGUAUUUCCCUAUUUUUUUGCAGAGUUGACCCAGAACUAAGCUGAACUAAUCUCACUGUUACACGAUGCCUUCAAACUGCAUAUCUGUAUUGAUAAAACAAAAGUAAAGUUCUUCUAAAAAACUAAACCAUCACUUGGAAAAUAAUUCACAUUAUGCAGGAACAACUGAGUGUUUACGUCACAGCAGGAACACAUGCUCAUGUCUGUGAUGGGCGGGUUUUUCCACCACUAACUUGUUUUCAGAUUUCUUUUAAAUUCUUCUGUGUGUCUGUAAGAGUUUUGCUGCGUAUGUGUGAGACGUGUGUUGAGCUGAAAAUGUGUUGUACAUAUAUAUAUUAAAAAAAGAUGCUUCAGCUUUGUUGCAGCUGCAGCAUACUUUAUUUGUUAUUUGGAUUUAUUUAUUUUUGGGGUUUUUUUAUGUGUUCCAGAUCAUAAAAACCAUCCGUCUCCACAGUUUGUAACUUUUUUUUUUUUUUUUUUUACAUAGAAACGUAUGUUAUUACACAGAACGACAAGUCUUCUUUCAAAAUAAAAUACAGUGAAAGGA